GUUGGUGACUCGUUAGCUGUGGCGUGGAAUGUCGUUUUUCGUAUGCUCGAUGCGCGAAAGCUCUGGGAGCUUCGUUAUUCGUAAAGUAUUAGCCCCGUGGCUCGUGUAACUUCGGCUGAUACUAUUUGGGGAUCAAGCCUCCAUAUAAAUUGUGUGAAAGAAAGAAGCACCUCAACUGCACUUUGUAGUCGACGAAUCUUUAAGCUUGCAGCUGCUUCUACAAUGCUGAAGAAUUAACGAGCUACGACGAUCAAAGCGCCACACAACAGGAAAAAAAAAAAUUUAUAUAACGACAAGCAUUCGUCGAAACCAUGGCUACGGUGACGUCAGUUGAAAAGCAGCCGAUCUUUUGGUGAGAUCGGAGUUUUGUCGUCUGCCUUUGAAAAGUUAAGACUUUUUUUUAUAUAUAUGAAUUUUUUUAUAAUGGAGUGAUAUAUAUGAUCCAUAAUGAACGUUAAUAUAGAAUAUAUAUAAUAAUUUUAACUUUUUAAGGAAAUGUAUUCGGUUUUGUUAGUUUUAUUUACAAUGACAACUUUUGGCUACUCCAAGCCAACCCUUGAUCCUGAUAAAUAUAAGAAAAUUCAGAUUCCUGAAUCGUUACUGAUGAAGCUGAGUGAUGUUCAAAAUGUCAGUUACUUUAUGUCUCAUUUUAUUUCGUCUACUCAAGUUACGAGAAAGCCUGCACUUGGUGUUUUUCUUGCCUAUUUAGAGAAAGAUGAGGAUAAAUCGGUUCAUAUAAAGACUGAUAGUGUAUCGACGAGUAAUGAUUCGACAGUGCCAGUAGCAGAUCAAGCAUCUUGUAUACCAGAAUUGAAAAUAGUAGAAUUACCACGUCCUACGGAUCCCACGGAGAUUUUCUGGCCCCCGUGUACUCGAGUUCGACGCUGUGGUGGUUGCUGCACCAGUAGGUUACUCAAAUGUGCUCCCGUGGCCACAUCCACGAUUAGUGUUAAGCUUAUUAAAGCUCGGUAUAGUGUACCAGCUUCGAAUAGAUUCGAUCAUUUGGGUUAUGAAAUAGUACACCUCGAACAGCAUGAUAAAUGUCGUUGCGUGUGUCGAGAAAAGGCAGAAGACUGUACUAGUUUACAAGUGUAUUCGGCUGAUAAAUGCAAGUGUGAAUGUAAAAAUAAUGCACUGAUGUCCUCUUGCACUGGUUCAGAUCGUCACUGGGAUAGAAGAGACUGCAGCUGCAAGUGCAAUGUGUACGAAGAUUGUUCUACGGGUUUCUUUUUUAAUCCACAAAGUUGCAAGUGUGAAUCUUUGAAUGAUCCUCUUCGGGGAUUGCCUGGUUCCGAUAACUUCGAGAAAAUCCAUCCAAAUUUUAAAGACGAUGGCGGUGAAUACGAUUCCUAUCACUUAGGCCAAAUUGGAAUUAAUCCUAUGGAUGAUACCGCUCGUUUUGCCAGGCCUCAUUAAUAAAAACGUGGGUAUUUAUUCAAAAUAACAAAUAUUAAACUAACCGUGUACUGUACAUUGUUGUAAUAUACUAAAAGAAACCAUACGUAAAUCGCUAAGUGCUUACAGUAAAUUAUUUUUUAAAUAUUCGCGUUGUAAAUAUACAUCGAAAACAAAGUAUACGUGUACAGUAGAUAUAGUUUUAAGUGGGUUUUUAUGUUCGAAUGUUUAUUUAUUACAUACACACGUCUUAUUUAUGGUAACGAUAUUCUAAUUUAUGUAAAUUCGCACUUAACGAUUUGUCACUCUUUGCCA